GCAUUAGGAGGAUUUUGUUGAUGUUUUAGCACCUGAUUGAUCACUUUGGCCCUUGAGAAGUGCACUCAAAUCUCGAUUGAGUCCAAAGCCUUAGCACCUAUGCGACUACGCACUCCUCUCUCCCGUGGCAGGAGCAAUGGAUUACGUGCUUCAACUGCUUGGGGCAUGCACCUCCGUGGACAAGGCGGAUCGAGAGAACGAUGCCUCGGACAUGCAACUCAGCGCGUUUGAGUUUCGGCAGUAUCAGACCAGCUUGGAAUCCUCACAGCAGCGUUUGGUGGAGAGAGUGGUGAACCAGUGGGUGGCCAUGUUAGUGAAGGGAAUGAUCAUGCGGGUGAAUGGAUUUGAGGAAAAGACCUUCCUGGAUCGUGACCUGCUGAAUUUGGAGCUGAAUGGAGAGGUGUACCCUUUAGAUGCCUUGUGCCGUAUGGAGAUGUACAAAGAAUCCGAUGACAAUAUCGUGAACAUCCCCUGGGUGGUGGAGCUGACCUUUGACUUCGAAGAGGGCGAAACGAUCCUGGCCUUUGCCUUUGAUCGGGAGCGCCAUCGACUCCAAUUUGCGUUGACCCUGCGUGUGUUGCGCACGCGGAAUCCCAGCUUGAAUCUGGCUGGAGAGUUUGAAGUCAUCACUCGCGACGAGGAGGGGGACGAGAAUGGCCCGUCCUUGCGGAAGCUGGUGUCCUCCAACCGCUACGACGUGCAGGGGAUGGGCAUUACCGUCGUGAUCAGCAUUGGCACUCUGAAGGUAAUGCACCAACUGCGCAGCAACAAUCGGCACGUCUACUUGGAGUUCUUUUCGGACUACCCGCGCCGAGACAAAUUCUUGUAUGCGAGAUCCAGCUACAACAACCUGCCAGGCUCAGUGCUACUGACGGAUGAUUCCAAGAAGAACCCCAAGGACGAGGAAAAGACCGAGGAGGGAAGGAAGAAAGGUGAACAAGCCUUAUGCCGAAUCGACUUCGACUUGAAGAAUGUGAAGCUGAAGAUUCCAAAGGUCCCCUUUACCAUCCAUGGACGGCUCAUGGCCAAAGAUGACUUCUUUCCCACGGUGGUAGCCAGCUUUCAGCUGCAAGUCACUAAGGAGGAGGUCUUUGAUCGACGGAAUGAUCAGCCUGUGACCAAGAAUCCGGACUUCAUCGAAGUGCCAUUGGAGCGAGCCUGGCGGGGUGAGGGGCCCUCGGAGAUCGCCGCCUUGAGCGUUCGCUUCCUGGGUUAUGUGAAGGAUGAUAUGGUGAGGAAGAAGCAGUCAGGUCAACAGCGAAACGCUUCCUGCCGCAGUCAGGACAGUGGAAGUUCGGACAGCGAAGGGGCAGAAGAAGGUGAAGAGGAGGACGAAUCUGACGACGAGGAGGAGGAAGAGAAUGAUGACGAAGAUGAGGAAGGUAAUGCCAAUGCUUUGGGCAGCAGUGGGACCAUGAGAUCUUCUCAAACUUCCUCCGGCCAAUCGUGAGUUGGGUUGGAAGCAGGCUGCAUCCGAGAAAUCCCGCACACCCAAAGAACCACCUUCAAACAGCCAAAUCGACCAACUCAGCAGCUCAAAAUGACGAGCUCCAAAAGCUCGGACCCUUCAUUUUUUGGUUUCGGCCCGCGAAGCGCGUGGCUGAAACGGGUCCUGUUUCACCUGGCCAGGUGCGCAGUCAUGUGGAAAAGCCAGCGCUUCGGGCCAAAA